UUCCGAUGGUUCAUGCCGCCUCACAGCCACACCUGCCUUCUAACAUACCUAAACCUUCUUCCUCCCGUACACCUGUCCCUCACACACCUGACCUACCUCCGCUUCUCACUCAUUCCGAAACACCUGACCUUCUCACCUCCUACACACACGUCUCUCACCAACACCUAAUCUCUCUCCCACCUGUCUUGCGCGCCUCACACACAUCUGGCACUCCUUUACACCUGUCCCCCGCAGCCGCCUCACCUGUGCACUCCAACACUCGCGCCCGGAGUCUAAUUGCAAGGGAAACAAGGGCAACAACACUCCCGCAGCCUCACGUCAUUCACUCAUCAACUAACAGCCACGCAAGCAGCGGCGCCUCUCCCCUCCCUGCCCUCCUGGCGUGGGUGUGGCGCCGGGCCUCUCCCCCCACCUCCCUCCUGCUCCUCUUCGAUCACACAGCGCAAGGCACGGGGACGCUGCAUGAGGUGGUGAGGGAGGAAUCCUGGGGGUCCUUAUGGCUUCUAGGAUACACGAAGGACCUCACGCCACUGAAAAACAUCCUACUCAAGCGUUCCUUCUCCCUGCCUCCGUCCACUACCGUCCUUCUUCUCUGCUCCUCAACCAACGCCUCCUCCGUUUUCUCUUUCGUAAAGGAGCACAACUUGGAGUCUCCUGGUGUGUGGUGGCUGGUGAUCGCUGAGUCAGACAUCUCGUGGCAGCUAGAGGGCGUUCUCCGUGAGGGUAGCCAGGUCGUGUUGGCGGUGCGCAGAUCCCCCUCGCUCUACGAAUUGCUGGUGGUCAAGAUGGAUACUGACGGCCGGUCCAGAUUCGUGAUAGGAGCUUACUGGGACUGGGAACUCAAUACUGAUAUCCCUGAGAGACGCCCUGAGACACCCACCCAUGAGCCCCUGACACCUAACCUGCUCCAAGUGUACCGGGACUUCGGGGGACGGCGCCUGGUGAUGGCUACGAAGCAAAACAUGCCUUUCGUCGGCCUCAAGGAAAAGCAAGACAAACAUCUGGUGGCGAACUCAGGGAUCGACGUUAGGAUAAUGGAAGCACUUGGCCAGCAACUCAACUUUACGUGCGUGGCGAAGUGGGAAUGGGUUAGGAAUGGGAUUGGAAUGGAUUAAGAGUGGGAAUUAGAAUAGAUCAGGUACUUUGGUGGUACUUUGUUCUCUGUCCGCGGUGGCUUGGGGAGGGACAGAGGCGAGGGCAAUGAGGGAGUGAUGCGCUCUUGUUGUCGUAAUGAACGUGGUGUUACUAGGAUUUAUGAGGCGCUAAUGAGGGAUUUAUGCCCCGCUGUGAUAGAGGAAGUAAUUGUGAGCGUGAGUUAUUCCUAGCCACUCAUUAUAGUGGUGUUUGUUAUUUGUGUUUUUUUUUUCUGGGGUCCUGUUAUUGUUUCUUAUUAUUAGUAGGUGUUUUCUGGUGUUUGUCAGAGUUACCUGCUCCUGUACGGCUGCUAAUUCACACCUGCCUCACCUUUACCUGUGUGGUUACUAAUUUACAUGUGCCUCAGCUGUCUCUGACCCUGGACAAUAUUCUGAAACUCUUCUGCGCCUCACCUCCACUACAUUCAAAAGGCUCUGGUUGAAGUGACACGGGUUUUUAAGGAUGUCUUUACGGUUCUAGUGACAGAUUAACAAGAUUUCUACAUUAUUAAAAGGAGAAACACUCUUGAGAACCCGGCUAAUCAUCUCUGUGGCCUUUGAAAAUAGUCGUG